CUUCACGUUGCGACUCACCUAAUUGAAAAUGUAGACCAUAGAAGAAAUUAGGUCGUAAAACAGUUUAUAAAAAUCCUUUGAGUUUUGAUAAAAUUAAUUAAAUUUAAAUAUACUUUUGGCAUAAAAAAAUAUACCGUCGAAAAAUGUCCCAAAUAUACAUAUUUGAAACGUUUGCAUCAAAGUUAACCUUAAAGUCCGACGUGGUGAAAGAUGCAGAAACGAAGAAUUUUAUUAUAAAAAUUAAUUUCCUCAACUUUCCUAUCAUGGAGAUAAAUUCCACACAUAAAUCAUCUACAGAUAUAAUAUCCGAAUACGAAGAAUUUAUUUUUAACAGUGGACAGUUGCAUCAUUUUAAUGCCAAACCGAAAGACCUCAUGAAGUCUAUAAUAAAGAAUCCAUUAAAAAUUGGAAUUUUUCGUCUCGGAGAUUCUUUCCCAUUAUGUGAAGCAAUAAUUCCGUUUUCUGGCUGCGCAUGUGAAUUAUCUUUAUAUUCUGGAAUUGGGAAAAGCCCUAAGCCAUUGGAACUGGAAGGUCCGUUUUACUUGAUGGAUCCUGGCAAGAAUUCAGCGGGUCAUGUUCAACUUCAAGUUGCUAUAAAGCCUUAUGGAAGAUCUAUCCACACGUAUUAUACAUUGCAACAUGAUAUCUUGACGUUUAAGAAGAUUGGGUCGACUGAGGAUUAUCAAUGCACAUUGAUAAAUGUACCUGCUGUUUGCAGUAAUACUGAAAAUAAUUCAGUCCCUGAUUCGAAUAGCAUAUAUUGCAAAAGAGGUAUUGAAUUCAAUGCCGCAGAUGACUCGGAUUCUGCGAAGACAACCAAGGAAAAGUUUGUAAACGCAAUUACGGGAAUAUCACUAACAGCAGACCGUCUCACUUUUGACAAAAAAACUCAUCCAAACCCGGCAAAUCUUUGAUUACACGCAACAAGUUUAACGCAAAAGUAACACACGAUUACGACAGAGACCCAAUAGCAGCACUUUGAAGAAUUUCAUUGAGCAGCAUUAAUCUAUUUUGAAAAUGAAGAUCGAUGUCAUUCAAAAAUUACAAAAAUCUUUAUAUGAGAUAAACUGGUUAAAAUUCGAUAAAACUAAUACUUUCUAGACACGCGUAUAGCAUGCGAUACUGUAGUAUCCUGAGAUUCUAUUAAGAUUGGAAAAAAUGUCACAGCAAACUAGUCUAGUUACCAACAACGAUGUUAGGCUCUUGGCGUCGUAAAUAUGUAUACAGCAGUAAGUUUGAUUAAACAUAAAAGGCAUAAAGGGCAUCGAGGGCAAUAGGUAUAGGUAUCCAUGUUCCGUAACGAAGUUUGCGUCUAAUGAGAGAACGAUGAGCAGAGAUGAUUAGACAAGUUCAUUAUAAAUCAAGAAUUUAUUUCCUUCUAGACUUCUUGAUUAAAUCGUAAGUUGCCAGUACUCAAAGUCAGUGUGACUACUGAAAGUCUUCUGGUGGACCAUUCAGCAUCGAAGAAAGACUCGAACGAUUGUGAGUAGUAGCAAUCGAGAAUGAGCAGACUUCAUCCUUUCUGCUCGGAAUGAUCUUUUGUAUCGGAAAAGACAUCCGGCUUUUGAGCAAUUCAAGAACCCCGAGCAGGAGCCAGUGGACUGAAUCCGAAGCAAUCGUGAUCAUGCGAAUGUGGCGUGCUAUACGAUAUUUAAAUCUCUUUCUUAAUGGUGCAGUCCUUAUCGUUAGUUCGAGGCUAGUGCAAGCGCAGCUAUUACUUUUGAGAAACAGUUACAACAAUUCCAAGCAAUAAGUAGUCCUAUGUGAGUAUCUCACAAGUGACAUUAAAAGCAAUGGAGAAGCGUAUGACUAUUUUUGCUGUACAUUUGCAUCGAAUUAACCUUCUCUUAGCGGCUGUAGAAAUGCGAUUACCGACACUCGUAUUAUUAUUAAUUUCCACCGCUUCCGUACACUUUUUCAAUAAUUCAGAAACUCAUAUUCCGUCAGAUUAUAACCGCCUCAUAAAAUUAACUCCUUUUUUUCACAUCGUAUCGUGCAAAGCGCAGAGCUUGAACUGGCGACCCUUCGCGUUUUAAUGUCACAUUCGAAUUCGCAAACGAACAAAAGAUGAUUCGCUAAAGUCAAUCCGUUCCCGGCGAUAUUAGACGCUUAAGCGUGUAAGGUAAAUCACCGGCGGGGACAUUGCGUAUAGUGUGGAUAGAGGCUAUGCCAGGGACUACGUCGUCGGUGCAGCAGACAGGUAGGUAGGCAGACAGG